AUACGAAGCUUGUGUGCUUUGGCCAAUAUCAAUUUUGUUCUGUGACUUCUCAAAUUAUGCCAGGUACCAUUUGGCAUGCAUGGAACAUAAUGUUCUAGGGAAUAUCAGGUAAAUAUGUUGUCAACAUGUGCAUCGUAAGUUUUAAAGUUCGAACCUAAUUCUCUCUUCGACACUGCCUUUUUUUCUCUCAUCAUCCUCAGCAUUGUUGCCCUCAAAAGCUCGAGAAUAUUUACAAAAACAUCCAUCAUAAUAAUCUGUUAUCGAUGGAAUAAGAUAACUCUACUGAAAUCUCUGAAUACCAUUUACACCGGUGUACUCAGGAAAAUAUGACUGUGGGGCCACAUAUCAUGUGCAGCGACAUCAUGGUGCUCCUUCAUACGGGGAAGUCAUCAGAAGACCUUGACUGGGAGACAUCGGCAUCAGUAAUGGAACACAUAUGCCUCCUCGAAACUGAGAUCAUUUCCCACAAUGAACGGCUCCAGCCGCAGGCUAUGCUGCACGAUGUUCCUCCCCGGCACGAACGAGACCUUGCCGUGCAGGAUCUCAAAAACCAUAAAUCUAUAUUCACGCCCAUUCGACGUCUUCCGAAUGACGUUUUGCUAUGUAUAUUUCAGAUGUCCACUGGUGUCGGGGUCAAACCUGAAGUGAAAACUAUCCCCUGGGUUCUCGCUCUCACCCGUUCUUCCCAUUCCUUAUGGACUGACAUCUGUCUCGUGAGCCUGCGCUACUCCAACCUCUCAUCUGGUCAACGCAGUCUGCGCAACCGUCUCCUCUCCCUAUCCGGAGUUUCACCACUCAGGAUCACUAUAAACAUGAUCAAUCCUUUUAAGGCUGAUAUACCCCAUCGCCCAGUUUUCCCAAGAGGGCCAGUAUCAGCCACUCAGAACUUCUCUUGUCGGUUACCCCUGCUACACAGCCUCUUUUUGGCAGUGUUUGAUAUGAACAACCCUCACAUCUGUCAUCUGUUUUCAUCGGCUCCCCUUCUCCAGGAUGUCAACUUCUUUGACCCUAUUGUCAUGUGGUGGGAGUUUGCUCGAGUGGUGCCCCUUUCCCCGCUCGUCAGGAUACUGUGGAAGGAGACUACUGCAUUGGAGGACCUGUAUUUUCGCAUCUCACAUCUGGAAGAUCAAGUUGUCCAACCAUCUACACCCAGAUCCAAUGCACAGCUCCUUCCCACCUUCGUCCAUAAUAAUAUCCAGAGGCUGGUGUUGGAUGGCAGACUUCAUUGUAUUCUGGACCGGUUCUCCAUUCCAAACUUGAAAGAAUUACUCAUUUGCAGCAAGCUCGGCAUGGAUCAUCUAGUUAGACCAGAAAUAGAAUCCCCUGAUCUUGGACUCAGAGUUGGGCACCUCCUUCAUUUUCUGAAGGGCCCAGAGUGCAAUCUGCAGGCAUUCCACUGCUUCAUACCAAUACCACUUUCAGCUCUCAGAAGCUUAUGGAAACAGUGGUUAUCGUCAUUGACAAGACUCACCAUCACCAUUACUUCACCGACUCAAGGAGAUGUUGUUUGAGAGCUGACAUUCAAGGAGGGCAAACCUGGUGCCCUUCCAAACCUCCAGCUUUUGAGGCUGCGUACACCUGACGGUGUGUCUAUCUUCAAGGAUGACAGCCUUCUCAAAAUGGUAUUGUCACGGCUGGCUUGACGUCCCGGAAGUUUUACGACUCUCAAGAUAAUGACUGAGAUACUUGACGAGGAGGUCCUUAGUCAGGAUGUUAUCACUCAAAUGCAGCAUCUGCAUGAGAUGAGGGUGGCGGGCAUUCGUGUUGAGCUCUUUGUGGAUGAGUAUUUGGACUAUUUCGAAACUGAUGACUGCUUUGCCAAGUUUGUGGAAGAGAGAAAAACGUAGUAGUAUG